UACGAGCUGACGUCACUAGGCAGAGUGGCAGCUGACACAGGGAGAAAGAAACAGAUUGAGAACGGGAAGAGGAAUGAAAAUACAUCAAACAUAAAUAAAGCGAAAUCAAAGGAAUAGGAUAGAUUAAGAGAAAGGAGAAAGAAGAAGAGAGAAACUGUGUAAAAAGGGAGAGGGACAGGGAGAGAGAAAGAAGAGAAAAAUAAAGUAGGGGGAGUGUGCAGUUGAGUUGAGAGAGAGGGAAAGGGAGAAAGGGAGAGAGAGAGAGAGAGAGAGAGACCAGCCGCCGGCCCAUUUAGGAAAGAUGGCUACAGUCACUGUAAACGGAGUGCUGCAAGAGAAUGGAUUCAGCACCACGAACAGCGCCGGCAGGAUGAACGGGCUCACAAUCGGUCAGAACACCAUUCCAAUGAAGGACCACGACGCCAUCAAGCUGUUUAUCGGACAGAUUCCCAGAAACCUGGAGGAGAAAGAUCUGAAGCCCCUUUUUGAGGAAUUCGGAAAGAUAUACGAACUCACUGUGCUGAAAGACAGGUUUACGGGAAUGCAUAAAGGAUGUGCCUUUCUAACGUACUGCGCCAGAGAGUCAGCACUGAAGGCCCAGAGCGCCCUCCAUGAACAGAAGACUCUGCCAGGGAUGAACCGGCCCAUCCAGGUGAAGCCAGCCGACAGCGAAGGACGAGGAGAAGACAGGAAGCUGUUUGUGGGGAUGCUUGGGAAGCAGCAGAGCGAGGAGGACGUCCGGCGGCUCUUUGAGACCUUCGGCCAGAUCGAGGAGUGCACCGUCCUGAGAGGGCCUGAUGGGGCCAGUAAGGGCUGUGCCUUUGUCAAGUUCUCCAGCCACGCAGAAGCACAGGCAGCCAUCAACAGCCUGCACGGCAGACAGACCAUGCCAUGUGCGUAUCCCCAGGGGGCGUCCUCCAGCCUGGUGGUGAAGUUUGCCGACACGGACAAGGAGCGGACCCUGCGUAGGAUGCAUCAGAUGGCGGGCCAGCUCGGCAUCUUCAGCCCCAUGACCAUCCAGUUUGGGGCCUAUGGCGCCUACUCUCACGCUGUAAGUCUCGGCUCUACGGGGGAGGAGACGCAGAUGAUGCAACAGCAAGCAGCACUAAUGGCGGCGACCCAGAACUCGUAUCUAAACCCCAUGGCAGCCAUCGCUGCGGCACAAAUGCAGCAAAUGGCAGCUUUCAACGUCAACGGUCUGGUGGCUGCCCCAAUGACACCCUCCUCAGGCACCAGCACGCCGCCGGGUAUCAAUGCCACGGCCGUGCCCAGCCUAGCAGCACCCAUGGGGGUCAACGGGUUCGCAUCCCUCCCGCCCCAGACCAACGGUCAGCCUACCAACGAGCCAAUCUACACCAAUGGGAUCCACCCCUACCCAGGUGAGACAGCCAAUGGGAUUCACCUCUACUCAGCACAGAGUCCUACAGUGACUGACCCUCUCCAGCAGGCUUACGCCGGUGUGCAGCACUACGCAGCAGCCUACCCUGCCGCCUAUGCACCAAUCAGUCAAGCGUUCCCCCAGCAACCCACCAUCAUCCCCCAGCAACAGAGAGAAGUUUGUUGUUGUUAUUUCCCUCCAGGGCCGGAAGGCUGCAACCUGUUUAUUUACCAUCUGCCCCAGGAGUUUGGAGACGCAGAAUUAAUGCAAAUGUUCCUGCCUUUCGGCAACGUCAUCUCCGCCAAAGUCUUCGUGGACCGGGCGACCAAUCAAAGCAAGUGUUUUGGCUUUGUGAGCUUCGAUAACCCGUCCAGUGCCCAGGCGGCUAUCCAGGCCAUGAAUGGUUUUCAGAUAGGCAUGAAGCGGCUGAAGGUGCAGUUGAAGCGGCCAAAGGAUGCCAACCGACCUUACUGACCCCUCUGCCGUCCACAUCCAGGAUGAAGGGCCACAACACCUUAUUUCCACAAGUGCAGUAUAAAGUACAAAGACUUCUUGCUCUGCUACAUAUCAUGAAAGAAGGGUGGUCCCUUGAUUCUGCUGGAAGAAUAGCUGGAGAAGAUUGGGUGACUGAGGAGGAGAAGGAACCCGGAGAUUCGUUUUUUUCGUUUUUUUUUUAGCAAAUGCCUCUUUUCCCUGUUUUGCUUUGGCGUCUGUGGAAGAGGAUUUUUUGCAGAGACCAAUUUUUGCUGCUGUUUUUUAGACAAGAUGGAAAACCUUUAUAGACACAUUAUGCUCAAAGCAUGCAUACUGACACCGGUAUAUAUAGACAUGAACACACUCUUACCAAACACACAGCUUACCAAACACAUAUGCACACAUACAGACCAACACACACACACAAAAAUAUUCUCUCAGACAUCCUACAGUGUACAUAUAUGUAUGUGCAUUUGCCAACUUAAACAUACACACGGACAGACAGACACACACAUAAACACACACACACACACCAGCCUGCUGCCAUUUUGGUUUUCGUGCCUACACAGGUGAUGUGCUCUGUGACAGGGCGAGCUCUGAGAAAAGAAGAAGAGAAAUGGAGAAUCCAGGAGAAUUUACAUGCAUCAUUCCUUAGGAAAUAGGGACCAAAGGACUUAACGCUUUUUAAAAGAAUAUAAAUAUAUAUACAUAUAUAUAUAUAUAUAUAUAUUUAAAAAAAACUCUUACCUUGUAGCUGCAAGUAUUACAAUUUAAUAGUAGUCAAAAUAAAUCAUUAAAUCAAUAUCCAGUGGCCUAAGUAAGAAUAAAAAGAUAAAGGAAAUAAUGUAUACAUUGAAAAAAAGACAAGGAAACGUAGUAAAGGGGCUGAUUAUUAUGUUCUGGUUGCUGUUUUGCCACCAGUUAGUAGAUUAGAAAAUGUAGAAUACUAGAGAAGUAGAUUUGCUCUUUUUUGCUGUUGUUUUUUUUUAAGAAAAAAAUACUUGAACUUGUAAAGUAAGGGGGAGCGAUGAAAAAGAAAAAAUUAUUCAUUUUGUCUGUCCCGUCCCAGUGGGCUUUGGGGCAUUGGGGUCUCUCUCUUGGAUGUUACGGUCGGGCCGCUGGAUAUGUCCCUCAUCAUGGUGUACAACUCACUCACAGCACUAUCUGACAGCUAUAAAGGAACUGUUUUUGAGAAGAG